AUUCUGGUCUUUUUAGUGGUUUAGCCCAACCCCGCUAUGUCUUAGCUUCGAUUAUUCCGCCAUAUUAGGUAAAGGAGCCUGAUUUACCAACAAAACUAAUAACUGACCGCCUAACUGACCGCCCCAAACAAUCGGGCUAUAUAUCAGCGUAGCCCGAUUACUUGAGGAGGCGACUACUUGUCCCAUGGUCGCCUAUAUUUAUCCGGAGAAAGCCCAAGUUGUCCAGUUUUCGUGUUCUUAGCCUGGGGUUUCUAGAGCACAUGCCAGCCUUAGUUGCUCAGCAAAUAAGGCAGUGUGUGCCGUUGAAGUUUGCAUUGGGAAGAUGAUAAAGACGAUGUGGAAACAAUCAUUUAUUCGUCGUUUUUUACCACAGCACUCGGGUCAUGUCAGGUUUUCUGGUCGUUUGCGAGAUAUUUUUCCAAACUUUAGACGGUGUUUACACCUGACUAGACCGGUGAAGAAACCCGGCAUAGAAGAUAUCAUGGCGAAGAUAAUGGACCAAGGCGAGCUUUUUAGAUAUACUUCAGGCCGAUGGCUGAUCAAUGAAGAACACCAACUAGAGCAACGUUUUGUGAAGUUCGAUAUGGAGAGCCUUUGUCGUCAGGCUGUCUCAUUAUUCAGCAAGGCGACGAAAUGCGUGUGCAUUGUUAAGUUGGAAGGGAACUUUAACAAAGCAUUUCUCCUCACAAUGGAUGACGGCAAUGAGGUUAUCGCAAAGAUCCCAUGUCCAAAUGCGGGUACACCCUCGCUGACGACGGCAUCCGAGGUGGCCACUCUGAGAUAUUUGCGGUCGUGUACAUCGGUUCGGGUUCCCGAGGUGUUCGCAUGGAGUUCCGAUCCAGGGAACCCGGUAGGCGCAGAAUAUAUCAUCAUGGAGAAGGUUCCAGGGAUUGCACUCAGUGAGAGGUGGGAAGCAAUGAACAUGCUACAGCGCUACAAAAUAAUUGAUCGAAUUAUUGAAGUGGAGAAGGAACUUGAGGAGUUGAAGUUCCCUGCCUAUGGAAGUCUCUACUUGCGACAGUCCGUGCCUGAUGGAUAUUGCCAUUAUCCACUUCCCCCACAACUGGAUCCUACCGGGUUGUUCUGCGUUGGGCCGUCCUGCAAUCGAUCUAUGUGGAGUAAAGAUGUUACCGGCAUGUGCAAAUCUAUGCCUAAUGUCGGCCCCUGGGCUUCUUUUUUGGAAUUUGCACUAUCUAUUCCUGAACGAGAAUUAGAUAUCAUGACAGACUCAACAAGCGAAGUGCAGCACCAUCUCAAUCAAUUUGAUGAGAGCCAAUCCCUUGAUGAAUAUUUCAACCUUUUACAGAAAGUGAAGGCGAUAAUUCCUACCAUUUCACACCAUCCUCUUGUGAGAGAAGUAGCAGACCCCGUUCUAUGGCAUACUGAUUUACACUUGGGAAAUAUUUUUGUUUCUAUGGACGACCCAACUAUUAUCGAGGGCAUAAUUGAUUGGCAGUCAACUCAAAUUGCUCCUCUAUUCCUACAAGCUCGAUUUCCGGAAUUUCUCAGGCCGCCAAAGGAUUACAACCCUGGGACUGAUAUCCCCAACUUGCCGAGUAACUUCGACGAAUUGGAUCCUGAACAGAAGGAUCAAGCUAGGAGGGAGCGGGCAUCAGCGUCCCAGUCUAAAUACUACGAAAUGUCUAACCUGGCAUACAAUAAACGCGUCUAUGAUGCAAUGAAACUUGACCGGAGGCUAUGGGAACCUUUCACUUGUUGCCAGCUUUUCUCGAAUGGCAGUAUGGUCCCGCUACGUAACUCUUUGUUACGCGUUUCGCAGGACUGGGAUUUUCUUGACCUUCCAGGCAGUUGUCCAUUCCAGUUUUCUGAAGAGGAGUUGAAAAUGCACAAUGAGAAGGUGGUGUUGUAUCAAGACAUGCUUUAUUUGUGGGAUGUUGUGAAGACCCAGCUCUGCACUGAUGAUUCUGGUUGGGUACCGAUGGAACGCUGGGAGAAAACAAACGACAUGAAUAAAAGUCUCUUUGAGACAUACAUCAAAACUAUGAGCGAGGAACUGUCACUGGAUGCAGCGUCGAAGAAGUGGCCGUUUCCGCCUAAAAGUUCAUGAGUCCCUUAGCCACGAGCUCAGAGGUUCUUCUUUGCUUGUUCAACCAAUUCCGAAAUUACGCGCUUGCCCUCCUCAGAUUGCUCUUUCUCGGGGGCAUCCCUAUUCACUUGUGCCAUUGCGAGCUUUCCAUGUGGAUUUUUUCGCAGCCAAUCCUUGAGUCCCUCACUUUUUGCCUGACUGUUUACCUGAAGAUACACGUUGUAGUAGCCUGGCUUAUCCUUAACCUCCUCUCCCAUGUCAAUUCGACACUGGUACUCUGCAUCAUUUUUGCUGGUUCUGGAUGGUAGGACCCGACUGCCAGCUGCAGACUCUUUGAAUAGCUUGGUGAUCUGCUUUGAGUCGUUGGCAACUUUUUCGCCAAAUUUCUUAAGAGCGCUGGACAUUCUGAGGAUAUCUGGCUUUUUCAAAG